AUGUUGUCGUUCCGUCGUCGCACGCGGGUGUUCGGCGCCGACCACUACCCGCCCGACCUAUCACGUGGCGUCGUCCCGGAGGAGAAUUCGUUCACGCGAAUCGGCGGCUUGUCGUGGGAGCACUGGUCGGCGCGGCUCGCCCUGCCGUUAGUGGCCGGCAUGCGCGUGGGGGCGCCGGCGCUGCCGCCCUCGCCCGGCGACUCGAGCUUCACGUGCCCCGACUGCGGACGCGUCUAUAAGCUCAAGUCGUCCCUGCGUAACCAUCAGAAGUGGGAGUGCGGCAAGGAGCCUCAGUUCCAGUGCCCCUACUGCGUGUAUCGGGCGAAACAGAAGAUGCACAUCGCCCGCCACAUGGAGCGCAUGCACCGCGAAGUCACCAUGAAGCCGGAGCAGUACAUCAAGCAGGACAACGUGGACGCCUGCACUUAA